CCGCACCGCAUUAUAAAUACUUCUCCAAAAUGCGGCGAAGCUCCUUUUCCCCGCCGCCGCCGCCGCCGCCUCCUGCCGCAUCGCCUCCAUCCCCGGCACCCUCCUCCUCCUCCUCCUCCUCUUGCCUGCGGCGCUGAGCGAGGCAUUCCCCCUUCCCUUCCCUCUCUCCCCCGCGGCUCCAUCUCGAGGCUCUUUCCCCCCCUCCCCCCUUCCCCUCGCCCCCGUUUGCAUGCAUUAUCUGUCUCCCAAAAUGGUUUGCGAGACGAAGAUCGUGGCGGAGGACCAUGAGUCGCUUUCCGGGGCCAAGAAGGAGAGCGUGCUGGUGUCCUCGGCGCAGAUGUGGCCCUCCUUCGGGGGCCCGCCGCCCGCCCCGGCCCCCCAGGGGGGAGAGGGCGACGGGGAGGAGGAGGAGGGGGAGGCCGCCCCGCCGGGCCAGGAGGGCGCCUGCGGAGGAGGGGGCUUCAUCCGGGAGUUCCACCCCUCCGAGCAGGAGGCGGCGCGGCGCAUCUUCCGCGAGGGCAUCCUCGAGCGCAUCCCCAACACGGCCUUCCGCGGCCUCAAGGACCAGCCCUGGACCCAGCUGCUCUACGGCACAAUGGCGGUAAUGUGCUUUGUUGUGACCAAGUCCUUGCUGCUGACCUGCUGUUUACCCAUCUUUCUAAUGGGUAUGAGGUACUACUUCAGUAGAAAAGUUAUCCUCAGCUAUCUCAAGUGUGCACUGAAUACGGACAUGUCUGAUAUUGAGCAAUAUUACAUGAAAUCACCAGGUUCCUGUUUCUGGGUUGCAGUGUUAAAUGGCAACGUGGUGGGCAUUGUAGCGGCGAGAGGCAACGAGGACGAUAACACUGUGGAGCUGCGCCGCAUGUCUGUUGACUCCAAAUACCGUGGGAAAGGAAUUGCCAAAGCGCUUGGUCGCAAAGUGUUGGAGUUUGCAAUGGUCAAUAACUAUUCAUCUGUUGUCUUAGGAACUACAGCUGUGAAGGUGGCAGCCCACAAAUUGUAUGAGUCUUUAGGAUUCAAGCAUGUGGGUGUUGUUGAACACUACUCUCUGCCUGGGAUGACACAUUCUUUUCUAGAGCAAAUGUUUUUCCAGCUUCGCUACCACCGCUAUUGCCUGCAGCUGCGUGAAGAAUAAUAAUAAUUUUAAAAGCCCCACGUUAAGUUUGUUCCUCCCCAAAAUCUCCUUUGCCAGUGUUUUGUGGGAGUUUUUGGUCAUUGUUUCUUUGCCGAUUCUUUCAUUUGAAUUUCAUAGACAUCCUUGUUCAUUUGCUUUGUACAGGUUGCUUGUACAAACAAAAGGGUCCUUCCUUUCUGACAUGCUUGUAGAAUGACGGUGCUAAUGCUGGAGGUACUGCUGGGCUGGCUGUCCUUGAUGCAUACAUUUGUUCAGUGGCCAAGGAGGUCAUGACGGACUCCAACUUCUCUCCCUCCCCACUCUUACCCAGGUUACCUACUAAGCACAGAAACUUUAACUCCAUAACAAUACUGCUUGUCUGGUGUAAAUAGUUUUCCCCCGUCCCCGAAAUACUUUUUAAAAAGGAGUGAUCUUUCAUGAUACAGCUAAAUGCAGACGUUUGACUGGAAUGCAUUUGUCAGUAGUUCAUGGACAAGUAUGCAUUUAUGACAUAUUGGUUUAAAAUAACUGAAAACAAUGUGAAAAACCUGCUUGCUAUAAUGCAUGAAGAGGAAGUGUUUGCAUGCAUUCAAACACAUGGCACUGCCAAGUAGGCUCCAAUAUUGCACUUUUGGGAUGUACCUCGUUCUGCCAACAGUCUUAAAGAAUCAUGGUGCAUCUGAUAACUAUGACUUGUUCCUUUAGCCUCAUUUUCUUCUCAAGCCAGCAUAUGUGAACCCUGAGCCCAGUGUAACAUAUGUACAUUUCUGAGAUAUUAUCUGCGCUGAUGUAUAUUUAUAACCUGUAUUCCUGUGCCACACAUCUCCAUUUGCAGUAGGAUUCCUCCUGAUUUGUUUUUUUUAUAUGUUCGUAUAUAAGUUUGUUUACUGUAAUUAAUUUCUUAAUUCGAGCUCGACUUUUUGCUGACUGGUUUCACAGAGGCAAAAUGGAGGCAUCUGUUUCUAUGGCAACAUACCUUUAUGCUAAUUUGUGCACCAAAUCGAAAUGCUUCAAAAAAGCAAUAUGCAAAAGACAGAUAACCGAGGUUGUAAGUUUGGCUAAAGGUACCAGGGAAAGCAAAGGUACUCCUUUAAUCCCUUGCUAGUGGAUACAUAUAGACAGCUUGCCAUAAACAGUAACUGCUGCUUUAAGUAUGCCAGAUUUGUGAGUUGUAUCGUACAAUGCAAACAGCAAUGCAACACAGAUUUGGCAUGUGUCUGUACAGCACCUGCCACAAAAAUAAUUAAGGUGACAGCUUCUUCUAGCUUGAAAUACCUUACUAAUUCUAUAACUAAUUUCAAGGAAUAGCAACUCUGCAUGAGGUAUAUCUUGAUGUAAUUCAUGAAGUUUAAAAUAUUAAUGUGAUAUGUCAGAAAUGCAAAGGACGUUUCUGGUGGCACUUAGUUUUGGAUGGAUAAAACAAAUAUCCCCAUGAAAGGAAAUCCCAUUUCACAUUUUGUCACAUAUUUGACAUGUAUGAUUGACAUGAAACAAGGUCAAGAGUCAGAGGCCCCAUCAAUAUUGCACUAUGAUGUGGUGUUGGGGCUGCAUUUUCAUGAGGAGUCCAAACGACGCCUCGUGAUAAUGCUGUUUAACCUGAAGUAAACCUGGAAAUCUAGGUUUGUUCCAGGUUUUUAAAAAACCUCCAGAGAUCUGGAUCUUUUUGUAAGCAAUCCUUCCUUUACUGGCUCAACAGCCCACAGAGAAGGGAUGAUACUGCCAACCUCCUGUCCCUUGUCUCCCUUUCUGUCUUUAAAACAUUAAAAAUAGUCUCCUCACCAAGCCUGGAGUGUUCCCUUUGCUCUGUUGCACCUCUAAAUAACAUAGUGGAGCUUUCGAGGUGCUACGGAGCAAAGGGAACACUCCAGGCUCAUUAAGGAGCCCACUUUUUAAUUUUUAAAGGCAGGAAAGGGGUGAGGGAGGGCAGGGGGCUGGCUCCCUCUGGUUGACAUACUUCUCCCAUGCUGACUGCGAAUCAGCAUUGGUGGGCAAGUGGCCACCCCUUACCAAAAAGACAAUGUUUUGGCCUAGAGAACUGGAUAUUUACAUUCCCAUUACCUGCACAUUUUCUGCAGUGUGGCAGGGCCUAGAUAUGAGGUAGCAGACCAACUCCAGUACGUGAGGGAAUGACCCAUUGGUUUCGUAUGAACAGCAGCAGUACUUAUGAACUGCUGGUAUCCUAUAUCACCUUUUACUCAAUGUAACUUUGCAUAUACUCAGCUAAGUAGCAGAAGCAGCACAUACAUCUUGUUACUGAAUGACAAAGAUGCAUAUCAGAACAAGGGUAAAAUGGUGUGGUUUGUAUCGGUGCCUGAUGCGCAUCAGGACUUAUGUGCGUUGGUCCUCAACAGGUAUCAUAGAAUCCAGAUAAGUAGUGGAGGCAGUACUUAAACCUUGCUAUUGAAUCACAGAGAUACAUAUCAGAACAAAAGCAAGGUUGUCUGGUUCGUAUCGGUCCUUGAUGUGCAUCAGGACUGAUGUGAGUUGGUCCUCAACAGGCUUCAUAGAAUCCAGCUAAGUAGUAGAGGGAGUACCUAAAUCUUGCUAUUGAAUCACAGAUACAUAUCAGAACAAAGGCAUGAUUGUCUGGUUCAUAUUGGUGCCUGAUGCGCAUCACGACUGAUGUGCGUUGGUCCUCAACAGGCAUCAUAGAAUCCAGCUGAGUAGCAGAGGCAGUACGCAAACUUUGCUAUUGAAUCACAGAGAUACAUAUCAGAAGAAAGGUAAGAUUAUUUGGUUCAUAUUGGUGCCUGAUGCGCAUCAUGACUGAUGUGAGUUGGUCCUCAACAGGCAUCAUAAAAUCCAGCUAAGUAGCAGAGGGAGUACCUAAACCUUGCUAUUGAAUCACAGAGAUACAUAUCAGAACAAAGGCACGAUUGUCUGGUUCAUAUUGGUGCCUGAUGCGCAUCACGACUGAUGUGAGUUGGUCCUCAGCAGGCAUCAUAGAAUCCAACUAAGUAGUAGAGGCAGUACCAAAACCUUGCUAUUGAAUCACAGAGAUACAUAUCAGAACAAAGACAAGAUUGGUUCGUAUAGUUGCCUGUUGUCCAUCAGGACUGAUGUGCAUUGGUCCUCAACAGACAUCAGUUCCCUUGUGCAUUGAUCUCACGGUGCAACGGUCACUUUGCCAGCUCUACUCCACAGUAAUGUAUUAGUAGUGCUCUACUGGAUAUAAAUAUAAGCAAGCAUCCCAAAUGCAAUUCUUACAUAUGUAAGUUGACUUACAAAGAUGUAACUUUCAUGCAGAAUUCUAGCCUUUGAAGGCAUUCCAACCAUAUCCUUUGCGUUGAUCAUUUUCCAAUUCAAGCAGCAUAAGAACAAG